AUGAACCCCAGCACCCCAGGCUGCCCCAUGGCUUCGCUCUACGUAGGGGACCUGCACCCGGAUGUGACCGAGGCGAUGCUCUAUGAGAAAUUCAGCUCGGCCGGGCCCAUCCUUUCCAUCCGGGUGUACAGGGACGUAAUCACCCGUCGCUCCCUAGGCUAUGCUUCCGUGAACUUCGAGCAGCCUGCGGACGCAGAGCACGCUUUGGACACCAUGAAUUUUGAUGUCAUCAAGGGCAAGCCGGUCCGCAUCAUGUGGUCUCAGCGUGAUCCGUCACUACGCAGAAGUGGAGUAGGCAACGUGUUCAUUAAAAAUUUGAACAAAACCAUUGAUAACAAAGUGCUAUAUGAUACAUUUUCUGCUUUCGGGAACAUCCUUUCCUGCAAGGUGGUUUGCGAUGAGAAUGGCUCCAAGGGGCAUGGAUUUGUUCAUUUUGAAACAGAGGAGGCAGCAGAAAGAGCCAUUGAGAAAAUGAACGGGAUGCUUCUGAAUGACCGUAAAGUGUUUGUUGGACGGUUUAAGUCUCGAAAAGAACGGGAAGCGGAGCUUGGAGCAAGGGCCAAGGAGUUCACCAAUGUUUACAUCAAGAACUUUGGGGACCACAUGGAUGAUGAGACCCUGAGUGACCUCUUUGGCAGGUUUGGACAGGUCUUAAGUGUGAAAGUCAUGACCGAUGAAGGUGGAAAAUCCAAAGGAUUCGGGUUUGUCAGCUUUGAAAAGCAUGAAGAUGCGCAGAAAGCGGUGGAGGAGAUGAAUGGAAAGGAACUCAAUGGCAAACACAUUUAUGUUGGUCGAGCUCAGAAAAAAGUGGACCGGCACACAGAGCUUAAGCGCAAAUUUGAGCAAGUGACCCAAGACAGGAACAUCAGAUACCAAGGUAUUAACCUUUACGUGAAAAAUCUUGACGAUGGCAUAGAUGACGAGCGUCUACAGAAAGAAUUUUCUCCGUUUGGAACGAUCACCAGUACAAAGGUUAUGAUGGAGGGGGGUCGCAGUAAAGGGUUCGGUUUUGUCUGUUUCUCCUCCCCCGAAGAAGCCAGCAAAGCAGUUUCGGAAAUGAAUGGUCGAAUUGUGGCCACGAAGCCACUGUAUGUAGCUUUAGCCCAGCGCAAAGAAGAGCGUCAAGCUCACCUCACUAACCAGUAUAUGCAGAGAAUGGCAGGUGUGAGAGCUGUGAUGAACCCCUACCAACCCGCGCCUUCAGGUUACUCCAUGGCCACUCUCCCACAGACUCAGAACUGUGUGCCAUGCUGCCCUAGCCAGAUGACUCAACCAAGGCCAAGUGCUCGCUGGACUGCUCCGGGUGCCAGGCCUCAUCCAUUUCUAAAUGUGCCUGCUGUUAUCCACCCAGCCGCUCCUAGAUCAUCACUUAGUACUGUAAGACCAGGUCCUUCCCAUGUUCCUCAAGCAGCGUCCGCACAUCGCGUAACUAACACAUCAGCACAGACAGUGGGUCAACAUCCUGCAGCUGCAGCAGCUGCAGUUUCUGCAGCAACUACUUCUGCUCGCUCGGUUCCAAAGUAUAAAUUUGCCGCGGGAGUCCGCAACCCCCAGCAACAUCUAACCGCACAGCUGGUGCAGCAGCCUGCUGUUAGGGCACAGGCUCAGGAACCUUGGACUGCUUCCAUGUUGGUCACCGCUCCUCAAGAGCAAAAGCAAAUGCUGGGUGAAAGGCUAUUUCCAUUCAUUCAAGCCGUGCCCCCGAGUCUUGCUGGUAAGAUCACGGGCAUGUUACUGGAGAUGGAUAACUCAGAACCCCUUCAGAUGCUGAAGUCUCCAGAAUCUCUGCGCUCUAACGAUGAUGAAGCUGUAGCCUUACUCCAAGCCCACCAAGCUAAAGAGGCUGUACAGAAAGCUGUUAGCAGUGUCUCUGGUGUCUCGUCUAUUUAA